AUGGAUACCAGAGACACUUCCCAGAUCUACGAAGAGGUCGCCAAGCACUACAGUGCCGCCUCUCAGACCACCAGCGUCAAGUAUGGCGAAACCGUCGCCAAGUCCUUUGGCUACACCGAAGAAGAGCUCGCCAACAUUCCCGAAGGCGCCAACCUCGGUCUGAGCUGCGGUAACCCCUUGGCCAUCACCAGUCUGCGUGAGGGCGAAACAGUAAUCGACCUCGGCUCCGGCGCCGGCUUCGAUGUCUUCCUCGCCGCCCACCGCGUCGGUCCCACUGGUCGCUCCAUUGGCAUCGACUUCAACGACGACAUGUUGUCCCGCGCCAACGCCCUCAAGAGCAAGCGCGGCUUCCCGGACUCUCAAGUCUCCUUCAUCAAGGGCUCCAUCACCUCCAUCCCCCUCGAGUCCGGCAUUGCCGACUGCAUCAUCUCCAACUGCGUCAUCAACCUUGUUCCCGAGGCUGAAAAGCCUUUGGUGUUCAAGGAGAUGCACCGUGUCUUGAAGUCCGGCGGUCGUGUGGCUGUCAGCGAUAUCCUCGCCAAGAAGCCGCUGCCGGAGAAGUUGAGGAAUGACAUCGCUAUGUAUGUCGGCUGCAUUGCGGGCGCAAGCGAGAAGCAGCAGUAUGAGACUUGGCUGAAGGAGGCCGGGUUUGAUCAGGUGCUGAUUCAGGAUACGGGCGCUGAUAUCAAUGUUUAUUUGGAUACUGAUGAGGAGGGCAACAGGGGCGGAUGCUGCGCUCCCCCUGGAACGGUCAAGGAGGUGGCUGCUACUGGUGGAUGCUGCGCGCCUCCUGGCACGGUGAAGGAGGAGAAGGCUUCUUCUUCGUGCUGCAAGCCUGCUGCUCCCGCUGCUGAGGAGCCCAAGGAGGAGAGCAAGUCUUCGUGCUGCGCGCCGAAGAAGACUGAGUGUGCCCCUGCUGCUUCUUCAUCUCCUUCAUGCUGCAAGCCGGUUGCUGAGACUACCUCUUGCUGCAAGCCUGCUGAGAAGAAGGAGUCGUCCUCCUGCAAGCCUGCUGAGGUGUCUUCUUCUUGCUGCAAGCCCUCCGCGAAGCCCGAGGCCGAGGUUGAGAAGAAGGAGGAUCUGAACGAGUGGGUUGGUUCUUACAAGAUCUAUGCUGUCAAGAACUAG